UCUGUUUUGGUUUAGUCAUUGAAGUAUAAUCUAUGUCAACCAUAGAGAAAGUAAUCACUCUGUUUUAUGCCAAUCUUGACAUCACCAGAACAGAACAUAAAAAGAAAUUCGAUGAACAAAUAAAUUAUAAAAAUAAUAUGUAUCAUAGCUAUAUUUCCUUGUGGGAGACGUAAAAAUGGCAAAACGACGGCAUCACGUUUACACAGGUAUGUACACGCGACAAGACCGCCAGAUCGCACACUCGGCAGCUCCAAGCAACAAGACCACCAUCGAGAGCUUCCAGAAUUUCAUCAAUCUCAUGUUACGAUACAUUUGGACGGGUUACAGCCUGGCAUACGGGAACUACCUCGCUUUGGCUACUAUCAUCGCUGUCGUUUUACUGAGUUUUCUCAUACCGGAUAUAUCAAAGAAGAUGCACGCUACCACAGAGUUGAACAGCAUGAAGAAAGUUCUUGAUGUGAUGACGGAGGAGGUGAAUCGUGCUGAAGCUGCUUGCCUAACCACUGCCGAUGAGAUCUGUUACCUGCAAUGCUCCAUGCAAGAUGGCACUACGGAAACUCAGCUAAGAGACGUACAAGACUUGUCAGUCUGCACCAGCGAGUGCAUGUCCUCAAGGAUCUCCGAACCAGUCCAAGUCGAAAGAGAAAUCGGCAUUUUCCAGCGAAUAUUCAACCCUCACACAAACACAUCCCACAAGGAAAUCGCAAUCAUGUCCUACCUAUAUACGGAUUCGUUCAACGUUGAAAAAACGAUAGCAAAUUAAAUGCAGUUGGUAGGUGCCUACUCGUAUCAUAAUGACCUGGAUUUUGUUAAAUGAGUAUUGUUGAUUCGGUGAUUAUAAUAAACACUUCGUUAAUUAAUCCGAUGUGCUUUUAUUUCCA